AUGCAUGAGAGUAAAUAUAAAAUAAAUUACUUAUACGGUAGCAAGACUCUUGCUACUAUUUGGCAAGCUAAAAAAAAGCUCACCUCACCAGCUUGCCAACCACUCUAUUUAUGGUGCAUAUACUAUUAUUACUUAUUUGAUUUGAAACUUAUUCAACUUGUUCUAGGUUACGGUUUUAAUGAAUAUGAAGAAAUUAACCUUUUGGAUAAUGAUUUUAAGCAUUUAUACUAUUGGCCUUCUAAUAUUGAUAUUGAUGAUGCAAUUAAUAUUGAUUUAGAACCUGAACUUUCAUUAGAAAAGCUUUAUGGGGCUUGUAAAGUACUUAUAGAAUGGAUUCAAAAAUUACCUGAUAUUCUAUGGUUUCCAAGUGAUUCUAGAUCUAAGUUUAUUUUGGAUAAUAAGUCAUUAAAUAUUAAAUUCUUGUUAAACUUACGCCAAUAUCAUGAUGCUUAUUCAGAAAAAAAUCUUGAACAAAUUAAAUUUUCUUCUAAAAACAAUAACGAAAGAAGCUUUCUAAAUGGGUUUAAUAUUAAUAAAGCUAGAAGUUUAGUAUCACAUCUGACAAAAAAUAAUUUUAUUUUAACUAAAUUACGAGAAAACAGAUGGAAAUCAAGUAGAAAUAAUAAUAAUAAUGUAGUUGAAAAAAAUCAUUUAG